AUGAUUAAAUCAUCAAUUCAAUUAUUAUUUAAAACGACGACGACGACGAAUAGUCAAUCUUUGUCGUCAUCAUCGACAAGAAUUAUACUUAGACAUUAUGCAACAGCAACACCGAUAGCAGCAGGAGAUACAAAAGCCAAAGCAUCACAUUUUAUGAGAUUAAAAGGAUCAUGUAAAUCUGCAGGUAUUGUAGGUCUACCAAAUAUUGGUAAGAGUAGUUUAUUCAAUGCUCUUACUAGUUCACAAUCUGCUGCUGCUGCAAAUUUCCCUUUUUGUACUAUAGAUCCAAAUAUAGGAUUAGUAAUGGUACCAGAUGAAAGAUUAAAUCAUAUAUCAAAAUUAUUAAAUACAAAGAGUAAAGUUGAAACACAAUUAGAGUUUGUAGAUAUUGCUGGGUUGGUCAAAGGUGCAUCGGAUGGUGAAGGUUUGGGUAAUAAAUUCCUUGCCAACAUUAGACAGGUAUCUUUGAUUGUACAUUUGGUUCGUUGUUUUGAAGAUGGUAAUAUUACUCAUGUUCACGAUCACAUUGAUCCAAUCAAGGAUAUAGAGACGAUAGAGACUGAAUUGAUUUUGGCCGACAUGCAAUCAUUGGAAAAGGUAUUGACCGAACAAAAGAAACGUCCAACACCAGAACAACUACUCCGUAAUCAAGUGGCACAACGUGUCAUCAAAUCAUUAGAGGGUGGUGUUUUGGCACGUGACGUUGAAAUCGAAGAAAAGGAAUGGGCCGCCUUCCAAUCACUCCACCUACUCACCUGUAAACCAAUACUCUACACUUGCAAUGUCGGUGAAGCAGACGUUGCCACUGGCAACAAAUAUACAGAAAUGGUUAAAGAAUUCUCUAGAAAACAAGGAUCACAAGUAGAUCCAGUGAUUGUAUCGGCCAAAAUUGAAAGUGAAGUGGCCAAUCUAGAGAGCGAGGAAAUGAAAAAGGAAUUCCUUCAACUCUAUGGUCUCACACAUAACGGUCUGUCAAAGGUUAUCAAUGGAGCAAGAAAUCUUAUGGGUCUUCAAUCAUACUAUACUGCAUCGGAACGUGAAUGUCGUGCUUGGACCAUUCCAGUUGGCACAAAGGCAAGAGCUGCCGCUGGUGUCAUCCACAGCGACUUUGAAAAGGGAUUCAUCAAAGCAGAUACAAUCGCCUAUCAAGAUUUCAUCGACGUCAACGGUGAUGAAAAAUUGGCAAAAGAAAAAGGUAAACAAAGACAAGAAGGUCCAAAUUAUUUAGUUCAAGAUGGUGAUGUUAUGUUUUUUAAAUUUAAUCUUUAA